GUGCAGCUGACAUUGAGUUGUUUACAAGCGUCUAAAACAUUCAGACUGUCAACAUUCAAUGAUCUCGUGUGACUGUUAACAGCAGACAUGGGUUGAAGCUUUAAGACUCCCAGGCCCCGCUGCUGCUGCUAGUACGUGUAGGAGAGGAUGGAUCCCGCGAUCUCUUUCUGUGAGAUUGAUCUAGACGAUCUCGAGUUUUAUGAGAGAUGUGGUGGCGGAUCAUUCGGGAGUGUUUACAGAGCCAAAUGGAAGUCAGAAAACAUCAUUGUCGCUGUCAAGAAGUUACUGGUUUUGGAUAAAGAGGCUCAUGUAUUGAGUUUGCUGAGUCACAGAAAUAUUAUACAGUUCUACGGAGCUGUGAUGGAGGAACCUAACUACUGCUUAGUUACAGAGUUUGCAGAGAAAGGUUCCCUGUAUGACUACCUACAGAAUCCUGACAAUGUAAUGGAUUUUCAGCAGAUUCUUACAUGGGCAACAGAGAUAGCUCAGGGCAUGAAUUACCUGCAUAAUGAGGCACCUAUGAAAAUCAUACACAGGGACCUCAAGUCCAAAAAUGUUGUCAUCUCGGUCCAGGGUGUGUGUAAAAUCUGUGACUUUGGAGCCUCCCGGUUUAUGGGCAGUACCACAAAAAUGUCACUGGCCGGAACAUUUCCCUGGAUGGCACCUGAGGUGAUACAGAGUUUACCUGUCUCAGAAUCCUGUGAUACCUGGUCCUAUGGCGUGGUGUUGUGGGAACUACUGACUCAUGAGGUGCCAUAUAGGGGGAUCGAGGGGUUCCAGGUGGCCUGGCUGGUCGUGGAGAAAGGGGAGAGAUUAACUAUU